CGAGGAGCCGAAGCAGUGGCUGCGGCGGCUGCGGCUGCCGGCGGUGCCCGCGGGCGAGCGGGGCCUGUGAGCGCGGCGCAGCGGCGGGCGCGGCGGGCGGGCCCCGGCGCCGCGCAGGCAGCCCGAGGAAGAGGCGGUGGCGGCGGGCGGCCGGCAGGGGCGGCGUGCGGCCUAGCGUCUCAGAGUGCCUGGUAAGGAUUGUGAUGGAAUCAGUAGCAUGUCUGCAGAGAGCGGCCCUGGGACGAGAUUGAGAAAUCUGCCAGUAAUGGGGGAUGGACUAGAAACUACCCAAAUGUCUACAACACAGGCCCAGGCCCAACCCCAGCAAGCCAACGCAGCCAGCACCAACCCCCCGCCCCCGGAGACCUCCAACCCUAACAAGCCCAAGAGGCAGACCAACCAACUGCAAUAUCUGCUCAAAGUGGUGCUCAAGACACUAUGGAAACACCAAUUUGCGUGGCCUUUCCAGCAGCCUGUGGACGCCGUCAAGCUAAACCUCCCUGAUUACUAUAAGAUCAUUAAAACGCCUAUGGAUAUGGGAACAAUAAAGAAGCGCUUGGAAAACAACUAUUACUGGAAUGCUCAGGAAUGUAUCCAGGAUUUCAACACUAUGUUUACAAAUUGUUACAUCUACAACAAGCCUGGAGAUGACAUAGUCUUAAUGGCAGAAGCUCUGGAGAAGCUCUUCUUGCAAAAAAUCAACGAACUGCCCACAGAAGAGACUGAGAUCAUGAUAGUCCAGGCAAAAGGAAGAGGACGUGGGAGGAAAGAAGCAGGGACGGCGAAACCUGGCGUCUCUACAGUACCAAACACGACGCAAGCAUCGACUCCUCCGCAGACCCAGACCCCUCAGCAGAACCCUCCGCCUGUGCAGGCCACACCUCACCCAUUCCCCGUGGUCACCCCAGACCUCAUCGUCCAGACCCCUGUCAUGACAGUGGUGCCUCCCCAGCCACUGCAGACGCCCCCUCUGGUGCCUCCCCAGCCACCACCCCCACCCGCACCAGCCCCCCAGCCUGUGCAGAGCCACCCACCCAUCAUCGCGGCCACCCCACAGCCUGUGAAGACAAAGAAGGGGGUUAAGAGGAAAGCGGACACCACCACCCCCACCACCAUCGACCCCAUUCACGAGCCGCCCUCGUUGCCCCCGGAGCCUAAGACCACCAAGCUGGGCCCCCGGCGGGAAAGCAGCCGGCCUGUGAAGCCCCCGAAGAAGGAUGUGCCUGACUCGCAGCAGCACCCAGCACCGGACAAGAGCAGCAAGGUCUCAGAGCAGCUCAAGUGCUGCAGUGGCAUCCUCAAGGAGAUGUUCGCCAAGAAACAUGCAGCCUACGCCUGGCCCUUCUAUAAGCCCGUGGACGUGGAGGCGCUGGGCCUACAUGACUACUGCGACAUCAUCAAGCACCCCAUGGACAUGAGCACAAUCAAGUCUAAACUGGAGGCCCGUGAGUACCGCGAUGCUCAGGAAUUUGGUGCCGAUGUCCGAUUGAUGUUCUCCAACUGCUACAAGUACAACCCUCCUGACCAUGAGGUGGUGGCCAUGGCCCGCAAGCUCCAGGAUGUGUUCGAGAUGCGCUUUGCCAAGAUGCCGGACGAACCUGAGGAGCCUGUGCUGGCUGUGUCUUCCCCUGCUGUGCCACCACCCACCAAGGUUGCGGCCCCGCCCUCAUCCAGUGACAGCAGCAGUGAUAGCUCCUCUGACAGUGACAGCUCAACUGAUGACUCCGAGGAGGAGCGAGCCCAGCGGCUGGCAGAGCUCCAGGAGCAGCUCAAAGCCGUGCACGAGCAGCUUGCAGCCCUCUCGCAGCCCCAGCAGAACAAACCAAAGAAAAAGGAGAAAGAUAAGAAGGAAAAGAAAAAAGAAAAGCACAGAAAGAAGGAGGAAGUGGAGGAGAGUAAGAAAAGCAAAGCCAAGGAGCUGCCUCCCAAAAAGACCAAGAAAAACAACAGCGGCAGCAGCAACGCAAGCAAGAAGGAGGCGGCUCCCAUGAAGAGCAAGCCCCCUCCCGCAUAUGAGUCAGAGGAGGAGGACAAGUGCAAGCCCAUGUCGUACGAGGAGAAGCGGCAGCUCAGCCUGGACAUCAACAAGCUGCCUGGCGAGAAGUUGGGCCGCGUGGUGCACAUUAUCCAAUCGCGGGAGCCUUCGCUCAAGAACUCCAACCCUGACGAGAUCGAGAUCGACUUCGAGACCCUGAAGCCGUCCACCCUGCGGGAACUGGAGCGCUACGUCACCUCCUGUUUGCGGAAGAAAAGGAAACCUCAAGCCGAGAAAGUUGACAUGAUUGCCGGCUCCUCCAAGAUGAAGGGCUUUUCAUCCUCGGAGUCUGAGAGCACCAGCGAGUCCAGCUCCUCUGAUAGCGAAGACUCUGAAACAGAGAUGGCUCCGAAGUCAAAAAAGAAAGGGCACCCUGGGAGGGAGCAGAAGAAGCACCAUCACCACCACCAUCAGCAGAUGCAGCAGGCCCCGGCCACCGUUCCCCAGCAGCCCCUGCCAGCACCUCAGCAACCCCCACCACCUCCACCUCCGCAGCAGCAGCCGCCGCCGCCCCCACCACCCCCACCUGCCAUGCCACAGCAGGCAGCCCCCACGAUGAAGUCCUCACCUCCACCCUUCAUCGCUGCCCAGGUGCCCGUCCUGGAGCCACAGCUCCCAGGCAGCGUCUUUGACCCUAUUGGCCACUUCACCCAGCCCAUCCUGCACCUGCCACAGCCUGAGCUGCCCCCACACCUGCCCCAGCCGCCUGAGCACAGCACUCCUCCUCAUCUCAACCAGCAUUCGGUGGUCUCUCCUCCAGCUUUGCACAACGCGCUGCCCCAGCAGCCAUCGCGGCCCAGCAACCGAGCUGCUGCCCUGCCCCCCAAGCCUGCCCGGCCCCCAGCCGUGUCACCCGCCCUGGCCCAGCCGCCCCUGCUCCCACAGCCCCCCAUGGCUCAGCCCCCCCAAGUGCUGCUGCAGGAGGAUGAAGAGCCACCCGCCCCACCCCUCACCUCCAUGCAGAUGCAGCUCUACCUGCAGCAGCUGCAGAAGGUGCAGCCCCCCACACCAUUACUCCCUUCCGUGAAGGUGCAGUCCCAGCCCCCACCCCCUCUGCCGCCCCCUCCCCACCCCUCCGUGCAGCAGCAGCUACAGCAGCAGCAGCCGCCUCCGCCGCCCCCCCAGCCGCAGCCUCCGCCCCCACCGCAGCACCAGCCCCCCCCGCGGCCCAUGCACAUGCAGCCCAUGCAAUUCCCCACCCACAUCCAGCAGCCCCCGCCACCCCCGGGCCAGCAGCCCCCCCAUCCGCCCCCAGGCCAGCAGCCACCCCCGCCGCAGCCAGCCAAGCCUCAGCAAGUCAUCCAGCAUCACCCGUCACCCCGGCACCACAAGUCAGACCCCUACUCAACCGGUCACCUCCGCGAAGCCCCCUCCCCGCUUAUGAUACAUUCCCCCCAGAUGCCUCAGUUCCAGAGCCUGACACACCAGUCGCCACCCCAGCAAAACGUCCAGCCGAAGAAGCAGGAGCUGCGCACGUCCUCUGUGGUCCAGCCCCAGCCCCUGGUGGUGGUGAAGGAGGAGAAGAUGCACUCACCCAUUAUCCGCAGUGAGCCCUUCAGCCCCUCGCUGCGGCCGGAGCCCCCCAAGCAUCCAGAGAACAUCAAGGCCCCAGUCCACCUGCCCCAGCGGCCUGAGAUGAAGCCUGUGGACGUUGGGAGGCCAGUGAUCCGGCCCCCUGAGCAGAAUGCACCCCCACCAGGGGCCUCUGACAAGGACAAACAGAAACAGGAGCCGAAGACACCAGUUGCACCCAAAAAGGACCUAAAAAUCAAGAAUAUGGGUUCCUGGGCUAGCCUGGUGCAGAAGCAUCCCACCACCCCGUCCUCCACAGCCAAGUCCUCGAGUGACAGCUUUGAGCAGUUCCGCCGUGCUGCCCGAGAGAAGGAGGAGCGCGAGAAGGCCCUGAAGGCGCAGGCCGAGCACGCAGAGAAGGAGAAGGAGCGGCUGCGACAGGAGCGCAUGAGGAGCCGAGAGGAUGAGGACGCGCUAGAGCAGGCGCGGCGAGCCCACGAAGAGGUACGCCGGCGCCAGGAGCAGCAGCAGCAGCAGCGGCAGGAGCAGCAGCAGCAGCAGCAGCAACAGGCAGCUGCCGUGGCCGCCGCCGCCGCCCCCCAGCCCCAGAGCUCCCAGCCCCAGUCCAUGCUGGACCAGCAGAGGGAGUUGGCCCGAAAGCGGGAGCAGGAGCGAAGACGCCGGGAAGCAAUGGCAGCUACCAUUGACAUGAAUUUCCAGAGUGACCUAUUGUCAAUAUUUGAAGAAAAUCUUUUCUGAGAGCACCUCGGUGACUUCUGACUUUGAUUUUCUGGCGAAACAUUGACUCUCCAUAGUGUUAGGGGCAGCAGUGGAAGCGGUAGCAGUGGCAAGGGGGUGUCUCCGGGCCUGGCCCUCCUGCAUGCUACGCCCGGGGCAGGCCUAAUGGGCAGCUGAGGAUUGCAGAGCCUGUCUGCCUUACAGCCAGCCGGACAUCCCGCCACCCCUCAGGACGUCAGCCCAGAGCACGCCUCACCACGAGCAAGUGCCGGCCAGACCCAAGCCCGCGUCCCUGCGUGCAGGGUAGAGGCCCUUCUCUCCGCCAAAUGUCUACACAGUAUACACAGGACAUUGUUGCUGCCGCCACCGUGACUGGUUUUCUGUCCCCAAGAACAUGACGAUUGUGACAUUCUGCCCGCCGGGAGUCCUUCCCUAUACCCCAGCCACCACCACCCGCUCCCAGGAGACCAGGGCAGGCCCACGUGAGCUGGAGGCAGGCCAAGGCGCCGGCUCACCCCCUUGCUGGCACUGACUUUGCCUUGAACAGACCCCACCCCUCCCCUCCCCCCACAAGCCUUUAAUCGAGAGCCGCUCUCUGUAAGUGUUCGCUUGUGCAAAAGGGAAUAGUGCCGUGGAGGUGUGUGUGUGUCCAUGGCAAUCCGGAGUGAGGUGACUGUCACACACGUGUGUGGGCCAGCCUCACCCAGCGAGUGAGGCCACCAACCAAAGUCAGUUCCUUCCCACCUGUGUUUCUGGGUUUUUUUCCUAUAUAUAUAUUUUUUGUUGGAUUCUAUUUUAUUUUUAAUUCUCUCUUUUCCUCCAGACACAAUGGCACUGCUUAUCUCCAAAAUGGUGUGAUCGUCUCCUCGUUGAGCGGCGGCUGCCACCGCGCCGUGGGUAGUGUGUGACCGUGGCUGUACUGUGUAGUGAAACAUAGUUGGCAUAUCUUUAUUUGAAGUUUGUUGGUGACUCCACCGAACUGGUGUAAAAAAAUCAGAAAAAAAAUAACCCAGAAAAAAACAAUACAAAACACACAAAACACAAAAAAAACUGCCUAUAUUUUACUUAUUUUCAAACUUUAUUAGUCUAUUUUUAAUUAUAAAACCAGAAAACUGUGUUUUCUUUUUCCUUUUUCCCCCUUAUUUGUUGGCUGCUUGUUUGUUUUUUAACGUCACAUCUGUUUGAGUUGUUUUUACCAGGAAAGGAAGGGCCAGGGCCCAAGGUGGGUGCUAGGGGACGGGGCCACAGGCCGAGGCAGAAGCUCCCCGCCCAGCACCCAGCCCGACCAGCCAGCUGCCCUUUCCCCCACUGUUUUGUUAAUUUUAUAAUUGGAGCCCUUGGUGAGGUUACACGUGCCAUGAGAACCCACUCUACACCACGAUGCUGGUGCCUCAGUGUCGGCCAAACUUGGGAGUCACUGACUGGUUUGACUUUCCUACGGUGAAUAUGCAUUUGGUCUGUACUGAUCAUGGAAUAAACACAUCUCUCUUUUUUAA